UCUUCGAGCAAACAUGAUCUCAUGAUUUAUUUUUCUAUUUUUUCUAAGCUCUUAAAGGAAAGAAAAAAGCCACCAAGGAGUGGCACAGCCGGCCUGCCGUUAUCUAACCGGCGGCAGCGGGACGGGCGCGGAUGAUGCUGCAGCCGCCGCACCGGGAGCGGCGGGACCCGCGGAGCCAGCGGGGCUGAGGGCUCCCGGCUCGCAGCCUCCUCUUCCUCGGGUGCCGCCUGCUAAUGAACUGACCAUGAAAGAGAGAGGGGACCUCAGGCAGCAGCGUGGUCUGCAGCUGAAAGCUUGGGGAAUUUGAUGCUCGGUUGCCAAAAGGCAGAGUCAGACAGAAAUCCUGGCCAAGACGCAGAGGGAGAAGCAGCAAGGCCAGCGCCGCUCCUGUCACCCCGCUGCCCGUCCCACUGGGGCCGCUGCGGAUGCUGCCACCCAACACGUUCACGUGGACGCCACCAUCCCUUGGGACAAAGGAAUUCUAGCUCCAAAGAGUCCCUCUUGUCACAGUUGUACUGAUGAGCAGAUGCUGUAUUUAUUUUAUGUAUUAACAGUCAAAAGCCCAAUAAUUAUUUAAGGCAGACCACAGUUCAAGGCACUUUGCACAGCGACGCAGUUGCGGCAGACAAGGAGGUUGAGGAAAACCUGAUCCAGCACCAUCUCACGGCCUCUCCAAUUUACUCCUAUCAAAUUUCAUCAGCAACUCAGAACUUGAUCUUUCUAUUGAUUGACUGGAGUCACCUCUAGAUAUUUUCAUGCUGAUUUGGAAGCCCUUUUGUACAAUAAAAGGAGGGAAAAAUGAGGUUAAGGAAGACUUUUGACCACUGAUCAAGCAACUCUGGCCAAAAUUUUUCCACACCAAGUGAUUUGCAAAGUUGGCUUCUGUGCAGAGAGAAACUUUCCACGUCCAAAUACAGCGUGCGGAGCGGGAUCAUCCCUGUUAUCGACUGGAUCAUUUUUAGAUGAGGAGCUUCCAUGCUGAUCCCGAGAGCAACCCCUAGCCCAGUCGCUGCCUUCCUCGGGACUCUCGGCACUGCCCUCGCCCAGGGACCCCGCGCUUGGCCGCAGCUGCCAUGCUCCACCUGGCCGCUCUCCUCUUGCACUGUCUUCCCUUGGCCAUGGGACAAUAUGACAUUUGCAAGUCCUGGGUGACCACGGACGAUGGCCCGUCCUGGGAGUUUUAUGCCUGUCAACCCAAGGCCAUGCGGAUGAAGGAUUACGUGACUGUCCGGGUGGAUCCGGCAGGAAUCACUUGUGGGGACCCACCAGAGAGGUUCUGCACCCAUGAGAACCCGUACCUGUGCAGCGACGAGUGCGACGCCUCCAACCCCGACCUGGCACAUCCACCGAAACUCAUGUUCGACAGCGAGGACGAAGGGCUGGCCACGUACUGGCAGAGCGUGACAUGGCGCCGGUACCCGGAGCCGCUGUUGGCCAACAUCACACUGUCCUGGAACAAGAGCAUUGAGCUGACAGAUGACAUCGUGAUAACCUUUGAGUAUGGCCGACCCACCAUCAUGAUGCUAGAGAAGUCGCUGGACAACGGAAGGACUUGGCACCCGUACCAGUAUUACGCAGAUGACUGCAUGGAGGCCUUCAGCAUGCCAGCACGGAGGGUCCGCGACCUCUCCACCACCAGUGCCAACAGGGUCCUCUGCACGGAGGAGUAUUCCCGCUGGGCGGGCUCCAAAAAAGAGAAGACCGUCCGGUUCGAGGUGAGGGACCGCUUUGCCAUCUUCGCUGGGCCUGACCUCAAGAACAUGGACAACUUGUACACCCGGCUGGAAAGCGCCAAAGGGCUCAAGGACUUCUUCACCGUCACCGACCUGCGGAUGAGGCUGCUGAGACCAGCCCUGGGGGGCACCUACGUGCAGAGGGAGAACUUGUACAAGUACUUCUAUGCUGUCUCCAACAUUGAAGUCACCGGCAGGUGUAAAUGCAACCUCCAUGCUAACCUGUGCACCUUCAAGGAGGGCAGCCUGCAGUGCGAGUGCGAGCACAACACCACGGGGCAGGACUGCGGCAAGUGCAAGAAGAACUUUCGCUCCAGGUCUUGGCGAGCAGGGUCCUAUCUGCCUCUCCCCAACGGGUCCCCCAACGCCUGUGCAGCUCCAGGCUCAGCCUAUGGCACGUACGAGCGACCGCAGCGGGUUCCCACCGCCAAAACCACCACUGCAAAAACGACCACCACACCAGCACCCACCACCACAACAAGCACCACCAGCACCCCACUACCUGCCACCACCACCACCACCCAGCCAGCAAGCACCAUCAGACCAGCCUCUGAGCCUGUGAGAGAGACACAGAAAAAAACAGCUGUUGAGCGCCCACCAAACACAGCGGCACUUGGACCUAAACCGAAGCCACCAGACACUCCUGAGAACAUUCGAGCGGCUCCGAAGAGCAAAGCAGGGCGCACAGCAGGCAAGAGGCACGGGAAGAAGCCAGCAUCCUCAAAGAGCUCAAAACUCAUCCGGCUCAAACCAGACUCUGGCCCAGUGGCUCCUAUUGAAACAUAUAAAGACUGCGAGUGCUAUGGCCACUCCAACCGCUGCAGCUACAUCGACUUCUUGAAUGUGGUGACCUGUGUGAGCUGCAAGCACAACACGAGGGGCCAGCACUGCCAGCACUGCCGCCUGGGCUUCUACCGCAACAGCUCGGCGGAGCUGGAUGACGAGAAUGUAUGCAUAGAAUGUAACUGCAACCAGAUCGGCUCCAUGCACGACCGCUGCAACGAGACCGGCUACUGUGAAUGCAAAGAAGGAGCCACGGGGCCCAAGUGUGACGACUGUUUGCCCAACUACUACUGGAGACAGGGCUGCUUCCCCAACGUCUGCGAUGACGAGCUCCUGCUCUGCCAGAACGGCGGCACCUGCUACCAGAACCAGCGCUGCAUCUGCCCUGUGGGCUUCAAGGGGGUCCUGUGCCAGCAAUCCAGGUGUGAAGCCGACAAAAAGGACUGCGAUGGUGCCCCCAGCGCCCACGGCAGCCUCAGCACCGUCCUGCUCGGGGUGCUCGCCCUCCAUCUGCGCGGCUGGGUGGAUCUCUGAGGGAGCCCAGCCCAGGCACGUCACCCGAGGGACCUGGGGAGACAAAGGUAACGGGUGGCUCUGCUCCCCCCGCCGUCUCCUCCACCUUCCUUCACGCUAGGACUUGCACAGCACCUUUCGGUCCACGUUCCGAGCAGAGAGGUAUUGCAGAAAAACCAGGGGCUGACUCUUGCCCACGAACCCAUCCCGGCAGCACCGGGGUGGCCACAGCGCGGAGCCGGCGGCCGAGCACCAGCGUGGGGACUGCACCAGACCACGGUCCCGCAGCCCGGCGGGGACACAGGGCUCGUCCUUCCCUCCGCACAGCGACUUUCCUUCCCUGCUCUGCACAGGGCGACCUGGGGCCGCCGGGGCCCUGGUGAAAUAGUGCCGCUAUCCAAGGGAUAUUUUUUUUAUUAUUACUUUAUUUACUUUGGUAUAGGCUGGGGUGUUCUUUUUAUUUUUCCCUCUUCUUAGCAUCCUGUUCUGAAAGAGCCUGUCAUGAUAACUCCAGAGCCCUGAGACACAACAGGCAGGGGAAGGGGAGGGGGGAAAUGGGGAUUCUGGUCCAUCCUUGCUGCAUAGUCCCAUGUCCCACCAUCGGCCUGGCCUGGCCACGCACAUACAGUUGCCUACAACUCCAGUUGCUCCAUUGAUUUUUGUAUUUUCAUUGCUGGGUCUUGUUUUCUUGCUGUUAUGGACAAGGCAGGGCCAUUAGGCAUUUGGUACGUGAGGAGUGCAGUGUCUUAUCCACACGUGUCCGUAUAGUGUACGGUUCAAAUACUUUUUUUUUUUUUGGUAGAGACUUAUUUUUGUUUGGAUUAAAAGUUAUAAAAGAUCCACAACUUAAAGGGACGUUUUGCCAUGAGCAUUUGGUUCUGGUGUAUCCUCCUCCAGUAAAGCAACUAUUAAUGGCUGCUUGAUCGCCACAUUUUCCUUUUCGUGUGCACAGUUAAUUACAGGUAAAGACUUAUUUUUUUGAUUCAUAA